AAAGAGUGUUUUCUUGCGGCGCAAGCGCGCUUCCAUUCGCUUCGAGCUUUCAAAUUUCAGCUCAGUCGCAAUAAGAUGGACGGUGGAGCGUACGGUGGAGGAAAGGCAGGAGCCCCUUUCGACCCCAUUGCCUUCGUCCAAAGGCCUCAGGUCAUCUUAAGAGCUUUAUGCCUGCUCUUCGCGAUAAUCGUGUUUGGAUGUAUAAGCAACAAGGGGUAUAUAACAAAGGACGGAAAAGAGGUGUGCGCUUACAACGAAGACCAUAAUGCUUGUAAUUAUGGGGUAGGAAUCGGAGUGUUGGCCUUUCUCGCCAGCAUUGGCUUCCUUGCUGGAGAGUAUCUUUUCGAGCAGAUGUCCUCCGUUAAGACUAGGAAGCAUUUUGUUCUCCUCGAUUUAGGACUCUCCGGCUUCUGGGCGUUCCUCUAUUUCGUUGGGUUCUGUUAUUUAACAAACGCUUGGAACAAGUCAUCACCGCCGCAAGACUAUGGAGUGAACAAUGUCCAAAGCGCUAUCGCUUUCUCCUUCUUCUCCAUUUUCACCUGGGCUGCCUGUGCCUGGUUCGCCUUCCAAAGAUUCAAGCAAGGAACCGAUGCGGCAUUCGCGCCGAGUUACGAGGCGGAUCCAGUCGGUGGAACUGGAUAUACAAGCUAUCCAGAUGCGACCGAUACAGGUUACCAAGAACCACCUUUCGGUCAGCAACAACAGCAACAAGAACAGCAGCGGAUGCCAGAUUUCCGAGCCCCGGCUUACUAAUCUUGUCAAACGUAAUAUGCCAAUAUCGAUACAACGCAAGAGAAUAAUAGCUGAAGCUGUACAAGGAAAUCUUCGAUCAUUGAGCAAUGUCGAUAGAGUAAGUUUUCAAUAGUAGGAUAACUAGUGAAUGAGAGGGAGAGAGAGAUGAGAGACGGCACUCGGACGAAACAAAGACAGGUAGGAAAACAAACUUAAGAAUGAUAGGGGGAAAGUAGAAAACGAACAAGAAAAGGAAUGUACGCGUGUGCGUAUGCCUGUAUGUCUGUACUUACGUGUAUGGGUGUGAAAAAAGAAAUAGAAAGAAUGUGUGGAUGUGUACGCGCAAGACGACAAAACGUUACUUGUUAAAACUGUGCUUCUUAUUGUUGACCACUUAUAAGUCUUACAUCUAAAAAUCAAUGGCGUAAGUGAUGAAGAUUUAAGAAGAAAAAAUAAACGAAAAAGUGGGUUACUGCCCUUGGAUGUUACAUUUGAGAUCGAGGAAUAAGAACAAAGUAUCCAGAGUAAAGGGAAGAUGGGCACUCACCAUCCAAAAUUAUAUAUAAAUAUAAAUACAUAUAUAUAUAUAUAUAUAUAUAUAUAUUAAGGUGUGCCGAAAAUAGAGCGGUACAAGCGAGAAAUGUAAGAUUUUGCGUCAGUGUAAGACUACAAAACAAACUAAGUGUAGAAGAGUAACUUUUUCUAUCGAAUAAGUUUCAGUUUUCUUCUUCAAAUAUGUUGCGAUUAAUAAAUUAAGAUCCGCACGCGGCUUUGUCAUCGACGUUCUCGCAGAUUCGAGAGAAUGUGUCCGAGGACGUUGACCAAUUAAUGUUUCAUGAACGCACAGCUGCACUUGCAUCUUAAUCGUGACGAAGUAGUCGAGGGGCGUAGCACGAUACGUAUAAAACGGAAUUAGGGGGAAGGACACGAAGGUUACUCUUUUCUAAUAAGUGGGCUGCGGAUGUGUAUAUAUUCGGGAGAAAUUUGCAGACGCAAGAAAUCUAGGAUGCACAUAAUUAAUUAUCUAUACCAAGUAUGCAACGUAAAACAUACAUUACAAUAUUUAUAGAAGAAAUUUCUAAUUAGUACACGUUUAUAGAAAAUUAAACGCGCAGGAGGUACAGAAUGCACUUUUAAUAUGCAGAACUACAUGAUAUACCCGACGUAAAAAUAAAUCACAUUAUAAUAUAUAAUUAAUAGAACGAUUAUUAAUGGAACAUAUCUUUAUUACGUUUCAUUCGUUUAAUUUGUGUUUGUAAAAGUACAAGUCCGCGUGAGCAUCCGCAGUCUAUUGGCGAGUCUCUUCUAUACCGAGGCGAGGAAUUCUAUAUUUUUCAUUUGUAUUGCCGUUUUCCGAACACCGUGUGUAUGUACACGUAUAUGUGUAUACAUAUUGCAUAUAUACAUAUGUAAUUGACAAGAAUAGCGGCUCUGUAAUAAUUCGUAAGUAGUUACAUGCACAUACAUUUUACUGUGUUAAAUAUAACGUGUUCAUAGAGAAAUCGCGAUAUGUACUCUUAACAUGACAAGACCUAUUAUCCAGAGAAAGAGGCGACGAUCCCCUUGAGAACCGUAUUAGACUACAGUCACAGUGAUUUCAUGUUUAUUUGUACUACACUAGAGAAGAAAAAAAGUUUCGUUCGAAUUCAGAUAAGAAAACAAAUGCACGUGAAGACGUUCACGUGUUAACGAAGAUGUUCAAGCGGGAUCGUAAACUGGCGAGUAUUUCGCGAAUUGCAUACCCACUAAGCGUGUCAGCUAUUGAUGUAUGGAGGCGUUCACAAUUGACGUGUUUCAUCGUUCGUGCAUCACGCAUACACUGAAAUCGUAGCUAGUUCUCGAGAACGCGUUGCUCGAUCGAAUACGAGUUCGAUUCCUCGCAGGGACUGCGGCUCCGGUGUAUGUGCGAGAAGAAAGAAUACGAGUUGAAAUGAAUAAAUUCGCGUUCACGCUGUAACGAUAGCUUUAUUCUUGAUUCUAUUUUAUCAUCGCCGUGUAUGUACCAUCUUGUAUUAUAGCAGGGUCCUCUAUUCGCAAUACGUCGCGCGUUAACGCAUCAGCGGAUCGUGAGUACGCUAUUUAUAAAAAGAUACCGAAGGCUUACUGGUGCGUCACCCAUGACGCGUUGUGUACUUUUUCGGUUCGUAUGAUAAUUGAUUUUCUUUAACUAUUUCGAAAAGAGAGAAAUAAAAAUACGAUAUCGAACUCC